AGUUGGUAGACAUCGACCCCAAGAGCUCUUCUUGAGAGAAGCCAAUCAGAGGUUUUUCCCAGCAGACUGCUGAACAAAGCUGAACUUUUUAGUAUCAUGGACCGUGUUCAGUCCAGUAUGCACACAAGAGGGCGCAGAAACCAUCGCAAAGCCUGUUCCAACGCUGAGGUGGACGACGUCUCUUCAUUCCAGCCUUCUGGGAAUCCCCGUGGCCCUGCUCCUGUAGAUGGAUAUUUACAGGUGACGCAGAUUGACAUGCUGAUGGCAAAUAACAGGGCUGCACACAACACCGAUCUAUAUUCCAACCCACUUCUCAUCGUGCGCAGGGGCCAGGAGUUCUCUGUACAAAUUUCAUUUAAUCGAGCCUACAAUCCUGGAUCAGACAGAUUCCAGCUGGAAUUUCGCAUUGGUGGUAGUCCUCAAAUUGACCAAAAUACAGCAAUCAUUGUGUCCCCCAACCCGAAUGAGAAUACAUCGUGGCAGGGUAGGCUGUUGCAAAAUCCCAGCAGGUCUAUCUUGAUGGGCAUCACCCCAGCAGAAACAUGCAUUGUGGGAAAAUACCGCAUGUAUGUGGUGGUCAUCACUCCUGCAGGCCUUGUGAGGGACAAGGCCACAUCCCAAGAGCUUUACGUUUUGUUCAAUCCCUGGGCUGCCGCCGACUCUGUGUUCAUGCCCAAUCAGAAUGAGCUAGGCGAGUACAUUCUGAAUCAAACAGGGAUCAUAUACAAUGGAGAUAGUAACACCCCAAUCCCCAGACCAUGGAAUUUUGGCCAGUUUGAGAGUGGCAUUCUGGAUGCUUGUCUCCUGGUCAUGGAUGAUGCCACACUUCCCCUGAGUAACAGAGGCGAUCCAGUCAUCGUUUCCCGACAGGCAUCUGCCAGGUUGAAUUCCCCUGACAGAGUGCAUGGGGUCCUGGUGGGAAACUGGAGCAACGAUUUCUCUGAUGGUCGCGCCCCCACCUCAUGGACGGGCAGCGUCGAAAUCCUGAGAAGCUUCGCCGAAAAGAGGCAACCUGUGCGUUACGGGCAGUGCUGGGUGUUUGCCGGAAUCUUCAACACCUUUCUCCGGUGUGUAGGAAUUCCAUCACGGGUCAUCACUAACUUCAAUUCUGCCCACGACCACGGUGGAAGCAUAACUUCGCAUAUAUAUGUUCACAAGAACGGGGACACUGAUGAAAUCCGUACUAUAGACACCAUUUGGAACUACCACUGCUGGAAUGAAGCCUACAUGGCCAGACCGGACCUCCCUGUGGGUUUAGGCGGCUGGCAGGCGGUUGACUCCACCCCCCAAGAGACCAGUGAUGGCAUGUACAGAUGUGGUCCUGCCUCUAUCUAUGCCAUCAAGCAAGGCAUGAUCUAUUAUUCAUAUGAUACACCAUUUGUGUAUUCUGAGGUGGACAGUGAAGUCAUAGUUACUGAGGAGGAGCCCAAUGGAGAUGACGAAGUAGUGAACGUGGAUCAAACCUAUGUUGGAAUACUCAUUCUGACCAAAGGGAUUGGCCAGGAUACCUGGAUGGAUAUUACCGACACGUACAAAUAUCCUUCAGGAAGCACAGAAGAGCAGACGGCUGUCGCUACUGCAGAGAAUUACGGCUCUGCCAGGGACCGAUCAGCUUUACCCAAGGAGGAUGUGGAGAUAAAGGUCCUCGCAGAGAAUGCAGUGAUCGGCAAGGAUUUCAAACUGAACAUUCAGCUCAGGAACUUGGGUCGAUCCCUGUACAACAUUGAUUCUGUCGUCUCUGGCAACGUCAUUUACUACACUGGCGUCCUGGGGCCCAAAAUAAAUGCCAGUGCUUUCAGUGUGAAGUUGGAGCCUUUAAAAACUGUAGUACAAUAUGUGGAAGUCAAGGCCAAAGAGUACAUGAGCAAGCUUCUGGAUCAGGGCAACCUGAGUUUCUUAGUCAUGGCGAAAAUCAAAGAAACGCGACAGGCCAUCAGCGCCCAAAGUGUGGUGACCCUGCAAGGCCCCAAACUCACGAUUGAGGUAAGUGGCAACCUGAAAGUCAAACAGAAGAUGUAUUUUACAGUGAAGUUCACCAACACUCUGAAUUAUCACCUGACAAACAUCACUGUGACAAUGGAAGGCGCAGUUAUCUUUGCAUCCAAAACAAAAACAUACAGCCACCUUGCCUCAAUGUCCUCCUUCACCUGGACUGAGUCCUUCACCCCAACUAAGGAGGGUCAGAACAAAUUGAUUGCCUGUCUGGAUUGUGCCUUGCUGAGGCAGGUGCAUGGCUGGGUGGAUUUUACCAUCAAACCUUAAGAAAGGAGUCUCCUUCCACGGAACAACGACCAAAAUUGUGUGCUGUCAGCUGUGUUUAUUCCUUUAGCUUACUGCUUAUUCUUGUAACUAUUAAAUUUCUGUUUAUGACUGGCUUCUCCCCUUCUAUCCCCUGUUGCCUAGAGUAGGACGGAAAAGAGAAUGGAGAAACCUCACUAAAGGAAAAAGGUAGAACAAAAUUGUAAUUUUCUUGAAGGAUAUUCAGUGGAAAACAUAAUGGAAAUGUAACGAGUUUUUGGAAACAAGCGGCACAUAUCAAUUUAUGACAAGGCUGACUAAUGAUGUAUCACUUCAAUUUCCAUUAAAUGACCAGGUUCCUAUUGUUGAAACAUACCUUUAUAAGAAUGUUGAAUUCUGGCUAAAAGGCCUUGUUAUGUUUCAGGGAACCGCAUGACUGAUUAGUUGAAAAUAACCGAUAAUAUUAACAGGAGGAUUUUCUAAUAAUGACUUUCUUGGGAUUCAUUUUGUCUUUCAAAUAUACUGGAAACUUGAUUUGCAAUAACAUGCAUAAUGGCUUGACUGCAAUUGAUUAAU